AUGUCGGCCAAGCUCGCACUCACCCCGGCUGUGACCGGAGCCCUCCUGUUUGCCCUCACAGCAGCGCCAGACAACUUUCGCGAGCCACUCCUCGCCAAGUUGAGAGACCACAUCUCCGUCCAGAACAUCGCCCGAGGCAUCACGGCGCUGAAAUGGAUCUUUGGCCUCGGUCUGGUCAAGACUGCGAACGAGUACCUCUCGGAAUUGGCUCAGAACAACUUCCGAUUUUCAUCAGAGAAGCACAGGUACAAUUGGUCCAAGGAAGUCGCUGUCAUUACUGGCGCCACUGGUGGAUUCGGAAGCUUGAUGUCCAAGGAGCUGGCAGCCAAGGGCGUCAACAUCAUUGCCAUCGACAUCCGAGAUGAGAUGCCAGCAGAAAUGAAGAGCAACCCCAAAAUCCACUAUUUCAAGUGCGAUAUCACAGACCGCAAGGCAGUCGCAGAAGUUGCCCGGCAGAUCCGCGAGCAGCAUGGCGACCCUUCCAUUCUGGUAAACAACGCUGGUAUCUCUGGAGAUGGCACCAUUUUUGAACAAACUCCCGAACAACUGGAGAAUAUCUUCAAAAUCAAUGUGAUCAGCCACUACUACACAGUCCAGGAGUUCGUCCCGGCCAUGGCCAAGAACAAGAAGGGGCACGUCGUCACUAUUGCCUCAGUCGCCUCAUUCGUCGCCCCUCCGGGAUUGGUGCCAUACGCGAACACCAAGGUCGCAGCGUGGGCUUUCCAUGAGGGCCUCCAGAUGGAGACUCGCAUCUUCCACGACAGCAAAGAAGUCAAGUUUACGGUGGUUCACCCAACCUUUGCGUCAACACCCAUGGCAGCACCAUUCGCAAGCCAACUUGCGGCUGCCAAGGCAAAGGUCAUCGACCCCACAAUGGUCUCGAAUGCUGUAGUCAAGCAGAUUCUGAGCUGUCGUGGCAAGCAAAUCAUUAUUGCACCAGGUACAGAAGCUUUACAAUACUUGAGAAGCCUGCCCAUCUGGCUAUCUCAAGGCCUGCUCCAGCUUGCGGACACGAACCUGAAGGUAUGUUCGCUAUAUGCUUGUUGCUCGAAACACGAAGCUAAUCUUGAAAUGUAGCGAAUGGUGCAACAUCUUCAAAGGCAGAAGUGA